GCAGGUCCUUACAUCAUCGCCUCUUGACAUUUCACGUUGCUCCUUGUUUCAAUAACACGGCAGCCAUGAAGCCAAAGGGAGGCAAAGAAGCCAAUUUAACUUAAAUUAAAGUAUUAUUUAUCCUCGGAGAGUUCGGGCUGAUGGCCUUGCACAGAAUGUUGCAGCUUUUCAGGCUUGUGUCGGCGAACACUCGGCCUUUGUGCAGGGCGGUCACGACGCGACUUGCGGCAGGACGAGGCUUCACUGGCGGAUACAGAAGCCUCUCUCUCUCGAACUUCCUAUCCAAUCGCAACUUUCACGCAGCUCAGCGACGUUUAUACUCCAGUGAGCCUAAAGGAAAAGUUCCAGAUGGGAAAGGAGGACGACGAGCAGGAGGUGGCAAGAGAGGAGGAGGCGGUAAGGAUUGGUGGAGUCGGAUGCAGAAGGGCGACUUCCCAAGGGACGAGAAGGACUUCCGCUACAUAGCGCUGGGUUUGGCCGGCGUCUCCUCCACCAUGCUGUUGUACCUGUACUUCCGAGAAGCGGGCCGAGAGAUCAGCUGGAAGGAAUUUGUGCAACGCUACCUGGGCCGAGGCAUCGUGGAACGUCUGGAGGUGGUCAACAAGCAGUAUGUGCGUGUCGUCCUGGUGUCGGACGCCAAGGCUGAAGCGAGCUACAUUUGGUUCAACAUCGGCAGUGUGGACACGUUUGAGAGGAACUUGGAGACUGCUCAUGUGGAACUGGGCAUGGAGUCCACUCACCGCCCUGCUGUGGUCUACAGCUCAAAGACUGACGGCCCUUUCUUCGUGAGCAUUAUUCCCACGCUGCUCAUCGUCGGCUUCCUGCUCUACAACCUGCGGCGAGGGCCCAUGGGGGCGGGGCUUGGCGGCGGCAAGGGCGGGCCCUUCAGCAUGAGCGAGUCGACGGCCAAGAUGAUGAAGGACAACAUCGAUGUGAAGUUCAAGGACGUGGCGGGCUGCGAGGAGGCCAAGCUGGAGAUCCUGGAGUUCGUCAACUUCCUGAAGAACCCUCAGCAGUACCAGGACCUCGGCGCCAAGAUCCCAAAGGGAGCCGUGCUUUCCGGACCUCCCGGCACCGGCAAGACCCUCCUGGCUAAAGCCACCGCGGGCGAAGCCAACGUUCCUUUCAUCACCGUCAACGGCUCCGAGUUCCUGGAGAUGUUUGUGGGCGUGGGUCCCGCCAGGGUGAGGGACAUGUUCGACAUGGCCAGGAAUAACGCGCCCUGCAUCCUCUUCAUCGACGAGAUCGACGCCGUGGGCCGCAAGCGAGGAGGCGGGAACUUUGGCGGUCAGAGCGAGCAGGAGAACACGCUCAACCAGCUGCUGGUGGAGAUGGACGGCUUCAACACGGCCACCAACGUGGUGGUUCUGGCCGGGACCAACAGACCCGACAUCCUGGACCCCGCCCUCAUGAGACCGGGACGCUUUGAUAGGCAGAUCUACAUCGGUCCGCCGGACAUCAAAGGCCGGGCGUCCAUCUUUAAAGUCCACCUGCGGCCCAUCAAGCUGGACCCCAACAUCGACAAGGACACCCUGGCCAGGAAGAUGGCCGCCGCCACUCCGGGAUUCACUGGGGCGGACAUCGCCAACGUGUGCAACGAGGCGGCGCUGAUCGCAGCACGACACCUGAACCCGCACGUCAGCCACAAGCACUUUGAGGCGGCCAUCGACCGCGUCAUCGGAGGUCUGGAGAAGAAGACCCAGGUGCUGCAGCCCGCGGAGAAGAAGACGGUGGCGUACCACGAAGCGGGCCACGCCAUCGUGGGCUGGUUCCUGCAGCACGCCGACCCGCUGCUCAAGGUGUCGAUCAUCCCGCGGGGCAAAGGUCUGGGUUACGCCCAGUACUUGCCCAGAGAGCAGUACUUGUACAGCCGCGAGCAGCUCUUUGACAGGAUGUGCAUGAUGCUUGGCGGCCGCGUGGCCGAGCACGUCUUCUUCGACCGCAUCACCACCGGCGCCCAGGACGACCUCAAGAAGGUGACGCAGUCCGCCUACGCACAGGUGGUGCAGUUCGGCAUGAGUGACAAGGUGGGCCAGGUGUCCUUCGACCUCCCCCGCCAGGGCGAGAUGGUUCUGGAGAAGCCGUACAGCGAAGCCACGGCCGAGCUCAUCGACCAGGAGGUGCGAGCGCUGGUGGACCGCGCCUACGAGCGCACGCUGCAGCUGAUCCAGGACAAGAAGGACCUGGUGGAGCUGGUGGGCAAGCGUCUGCUGGACAAGGAAGUCCUGCACAAGGCGGACAUGUUGGAGCUGCUGGGACCGCGACCCUUCGAGGAGAAGUCCACGUACGAGGAGUUUGUGGAGGGCACAGGGAGCUUCGAGGAGGACACCAGUCUGCCUGAGGGGCUUAAAGACUGGAACCAGGAGAGGGGGGACGGUGGGGACGCUGACCCCGCCCCCGCUCCCCCACCCACCCAGGACAGACAACAGGCUGUAUAGGAA